AUGGAGAGAUCCAAUUGGACUUCUCCUGUGAUGGGGUUCAUUCUCCUGGGCCUCUCAGCCCACCCAAAGCUGGAGAAAACGUUCUUUGUGCUCAUUUUACUGAUGUACCUGGUGAUCCUGCUGGGUAAUGGGGUCCUCAUCCUGGUCACUGUGUCUGUCUCCCGCCUGCACACGCCCAUGUACUUCUUCCUGGGGAACCUCUCCUUCCUGGACAUCUGCUAUACAACCUCCUCAGUCCCCCUCAUUCUCGACAGCUUCCUGACCCCCAGGAAAACUGUACCCUUCUCAGCCUGUGCUGUGCAAAUGUUUCUUUCCUUCGCCAUGGGAGCCACAGAGUGUGUGCUUCUGGGCAUGAUGGCAUUUGAUCGCUAUGUGGCCAUUUGUAACCCCCUUAGGUACCCUGUGGUCAUGAGCAAGGCUGUCUACGUGCCCAUGGCUGCCAGCUCCUGGGCAGCUGGAAGCACGACCGCCAUGGUGCAAACAUCCUUAGCAAUGCGGUUGCCCUUCUGUGGUGACAACGUCAUUAACCACUUCACCUGUGAGAUCUUGGCUGUCCUGAAGUUGGCCUGUGCUGAUAUCUCCAUCAAUGUGAUCAGUAUGGCAGUAGCCAAUGUGAUCUUCCUGGGGGUCCCAGUUCUGUUCAUCUUUAUCUCCUACAUCUUCAUCCUCACCACUAUCCUGAGGAUCCCCUCAGCUGAGGGGAGGAAAAAGGCCUUCUCCACCUGCUCUGCCCACCUCACAGUCGUGGUGGUCUUCUAUGGGACUAUCCUUUUCAUGUAUGGGAAGCCCAAAUCCAAGGACCCCCUGGGGAGAGACAAGCAGGACCUUUCAGAUAAGCUCAUCUCCCUCUUCUAUGGGGUGGUGACCCCCAUGCUCAACCCCAUCAUCUACAGCCUGAGGAACAAGGACGUGAAGGCCGCCGUGAGGAACCUGGUAUUUCAGAAACACUUCAUCCAGUGA